UAGAGCAGAGAUAAUCUCAGCAGCAGCCUGUGCGUUGUUUUUGUAUUUCUUCAUUUGGAAAUCAUUGAAAGAAGGAACACCAAAACCCCUGCAAAAGAAUCCAACGCCUUUGGACAUGGCAGUCCUAAGCCAUCCACAGCCAAAUCAUAUCAGAUUCUUCCCCUUCUUAAACUUCAUCUGAUCUUCAUCCCACUCUAAAUUUCUUGAUCCUCUGCUGAUGGAGCUGAGUAGAAACACACUCACUGAGACCAAAACCGCUCAUAAAUCCUUCUCGUUCUUGUUCUUGUUCUUGAUACUGAUAUCAUUCUCCUGCAGCAUGAUAUCUAGUGCAGGUCCAGAUAAUAGGUGCUGUUCAUCUGCUAAAGCUGGCCAUACAAAUCUCCAGCCCAUCACUAGUAGUGCAACAUGGAAGCUGCCAGCCGACGGAAGAAGGGUGGCGCAGCCCAAUGCGGCGGAGGUGGUAGUAGGAGAUCAUGAAGAUCAAGAGUUGAGGACGUUGGCAAGAAGAGAAUUGGGUGGGCCUGGAUCGUCGCCGCCACGGUGCGCAUCAAUGUGUGGGAAGUGCACGCCGUGCACGGCGGUUCAUGUCCCCGUGCCGCCGGGAACUCCAGUGACGGCUGAGUAUUACCCGGAAGCUUGGAGGUGCAAAUGUGGGAACAAGCUUUACAUGCCCUGAUCGGAAAAUGCAUGCGCCGGUCACGUUCCAGCCGGCAGCCGCCUUUCUGUUGCUCGCCGUCGUUUACUUAUGUUAGCGUAUUAUUCAUCCGCCGAUGAACCGGCGUGAAAAACCAUGAAUUUCCCUAUGCUAAUAUAUGAUGAAAUAUGUAAUAUAUGUGUGUGUUUACUUAAUUAAUAAAUUAAAUUGCAAAUUAUAAAU